UGGCGUCAGUCAGGCCCGCUGGCCGCCCUGCCACACGGUAGCGUCCAGGCCAGGUCGUGGCCCAUCGCGGGGCCCCUGCGGAGCGAGUGGGGACGCGCCCCGAACCAGGCAGCACCUUCAAAUGUUUCCUGACAUCUUUGUAGCUUCGUGAGUAAUCAGACAUGAAAAUAGCCCCUCAGGAAUCAAGCUACACUUAAAGAAGACUUAGUUGGAAACUUUGGAGAGUAGAUCAUGGAGUGCAAGAUUGAGGGAAAAGAAAAAUACCAACAUAGCUUGAAUUUACUGAAUAAAAUUAAGAACAUGAAAGAAUUAGCAGAAAUGAUUGAUGUGGUACUCAUAGCAGAAGGAGAGAAAUUUCCUUGCCACAGACUGGUCCUGGCUGCAUUUAGCCCUUAUUUCAAAGCUAUGUUCACCUGUGGACUACUUGAGUGUAAUCAAAGGGAAGUCAUACUUUAUGACAUCACAGCAGAAAGUGUGUCGGUGUUAUUAAAUUACAUGUACAAUGCAGCUUUGGAGAUCAAUAAUGCCAAUGUACAGACUGUAGCUAUGGCUGCCUAUUUUAUGCAGAUGGAAGAAGUCUUCAGUGUGUGUCAAAAAUAUAUGAUGGACCACAUGGAUGCCUCCAACUGUUUAGGUAUCUAUUAUUUUGCAAAGCAGAUUGGAGCUGAAGAUUUAUCUGAUCGAUCGAAGAAAUAUUUAUUUCAGCACUUUGCCGAGGUGAGCUUACAUGAAGAAAUACUAGAAAUUGAAGUGCACCAAUUUUUGACACUUAUUAAAUCAGAUGAUCUUAACAUAUCCAGAGAAGAGAGCAUUCUGGACUUAGUUCUGAGAUGGGUAAAUCAUAACAAAGAAUUGCGUACAGAGCAUCUUGUUGAGCUUUUGAAGCAAGUCAGAUUGGAACUUGUAAAUCCUUCUUUUUUAAGACAAGCCCUAAGAAGGAACACAAUGCUUCUGUGUGAUGCAGAUUGUGUUGACAUAAUUCAAAAUGCAUUCAAAGCCAUCAAGACACCCCAACAGCACUCUCUAAAUCUGCGCUAUGGCAUGGAGACUACCAGUCUUCUGCUUUGCAUUGGCAACAAUUCUUCAGGAAUCAGAUCAAGACAUAGGAGCUAUGGGGAUGCCAGUUUUUGUUAUGAUCCUGUAUCACGGAAAACCUAUUUCAUCUCAUCUCCCAAGUAUGGAGAGGGUUUAGGAACUGUGUGUACUGGUGUUGUCAUGGAAAAUAAUACUAUAAUUGUGGCUGGAGAAGCAAGUGCCUCUAAACUCUCUAGACAAAAGAACAAGAAUGUUGAAAUUUAUAGGUAUCAUGAUAGAGGAAACCAGUUUUGGGAAAAGUUAUGCACAGCUGAAUUUCGAGAACUCUAUGCUCUGGGCAGUAUUCAUAAUGACCUUUAUGUUAUAGGAGGACAGAUGAAAAUUAAAAACCAGUAUCUUAUUACAAACUGUGUUGAUAAGUACUCUGUAGAACGGGACAAUUGGAAAAGGGUGUCUCCCCUUCCACUGCAAUUGGCAUGUCAUGCUGUAGUGACAGUGAAUAAUAAACUUUAUGUAAUUGGAGGCUGGACCCCUCAGAUGGAUCUUCCUGAUGAAGAACCUGAUCGAUUAAGCAACAAACUGUUGCAGUAUGACCCCAGCCAAGAUCAAUGGAGUGUGCGGGCACCCAUGAAGUACUCUAAGUACCGAUUCAGUACAGCUGUAGUCAACAGUGAGAUUUAUGUUUUGGGUGGCAUUGGCUGUGUAGGUCGAGACAAGGGCCAGGUUCGAAAAUGCCUUGACGUGGUGGAGAUCUACAACCCAGAUGGGGACUUUUGGCGAGAGGGCCCUCCCAUGCCAAGUCCCCUCCUCUCACUCCGCACCAAUUCCACCAAUGCAGGGGCAGUGGAUGGGAAACUCUAUGUCUGCGGGGGAUUCCAUGGAGCAGAUCGCCAUGAGGUUAUCUCCAAAGAAAUAUUGGAACUGGACCCAUGGGAAAACCAGUGGAAUGUUGUAGCCAUCAACGUCCUCAUGCAUGACAGCUAUGAUGUCUGCCUGGUAGCCAGGAUGAAUCCCCGAGACCUCAUCCCCCCACCUUCAGAUUUGGUGGAAGAAGGCAAUGAGCACUGAGGUGACCUUGCUGGAGGACCUCCUGCUGUGUCUGCAAACAAGGCCUUCAGAACGGAGAGGGCCCACAGCAUCUCUGUCAUGCCAGUCACGUGCACUGCAUGCGUAGUGGCCUGUGUGUGAAGAAGCAGUGUGUGCUGGGCACUGGGCGGGGAGCAUGGGGAGUCUCCCUUCAGGGACUUUCCAGUCUGAUAGGGUAAAUAAGACACUACAAAGAAGAGGUGAUGACGGCCACAGGAGGGGCACAGGGCCACAGGAAAGCAGCAGAUGGAGGGUCUCACUCUGCUGGGGACCCAUGAACAGCACUGCCAAGAAGCAGACCUUUUAUUGGGGCCCCAAAAGAAUGAGGAGGAAGUGGUCCCAUGGGUGCAGUCAAUGAUGAGUUCAUGGAAACAGCCGAGCAAGGGCCCAGAGACAGAAAACUCGUGCCUGUCUGCAGCAUCCUGGCUGGGCCAGAUUGUCUGGGGCACAGGGUUUGUGGUCAAGGCUGGAAAAGUAGGUUAUAGCUAGAUGACCAACGCCUGAAGAAUGAGGAGUUGGACCUGGUCUGUAAGCCAGGGAAUUGUCUCAAAAUCGUGAAUUAAGGGAGACUUCUUUCUGUGCUCUGUUCCAGCUUCAGUCUUAUAAACACUGGCCAUUCUCCUUCAGAAUCCCCCUUCUACUGAGGCAACGCCACCCAGCAGCAGGGCUAGCUGUG